UGCAGCGAUGUGAGCGAGGAGUUGAUUGCGUACGCAGAACGUCUCGAGGCCAACCCGCCUCGUGUCGCGAGGAUGGAGUUGACCAGUGGCCUACGUCGACUCGCACAGCGCUGCAUUCGGGGAGUACAACGUGCUUCGUGUAGGGGCACGGUGGAUGCGGCUGUUCCACGGCACAGGUCCAGCACCGCGCACACAGCCGACGCAGCUACGGCAGACACAGGUGCUCGACCUUCUACCGCUGCUGGGCCUUCAGCCGGCGAGUUUGCAGGGACCUAUAUGCCCACCGGAUCAGCUACUGUACCAGCAGCUUCAGGUAGCGAGCACAGUUUCUUUGCGGCCGAUCAGGACAUGUGGCCUGAAGCGGACCUCCUCGCGGCGGACGAGAUGGCCAGAGCCCCCUUCCCGACUCAGGCGACCCAGGAGCUACCAGAGGAGUCGACUCCACAUCAGCCUCUUCACCGUGUUCGCCACCCACACCGUGACAAGUUCACAUUUCCUUCAGAUCAGCUAGCUAAGAAGAAGCGCUAGGUUUAGGGUAUCGUGACUUGUGUAGUGCUUAAUUAUUGUACUAUGUACGUGUAACCUUUGGAUUGCAUGUGUUAGCGUGUUGUUGGGUUA